CAGUUACGCGAGAAAUAUCUUCUCUCAGCCGGGGGAGGAUCCCCCAGACCUCCCUACUGGUUUGGGGCUAAACUCCGAAUGUUUUCAAAUCCUAGAAACGCCCCUGGGUGCAACGUGGGCGACAACAUUGAUAUAAAUCGGACUUGAAUGUCAAAAUCCAUUGAGUACUCCCUACAUGCUGAUCAUGACAGCUGCUUUCGCUGAGGCAGUUUGCUGUGAGAUCCCUGCGGAGAGUGACAGGAGUCGUUAUGCCCGAGUGAACCGCAGAGACAAAGGGCGGCCAAUGUGCCUCACUCGGUUCGCUGCGCUUGUCUCUUUACUUCUGUCUUGUUUGGUACUCUUGCUAAACGUAUAUCAUCAUAAAGCAGCAGACUACCAGCACACUUCAGCUGGAGGUGAUUCUAUGGGUGGCGUUCAACAGCAGCAGCAAAUUGAAAACAAUCUAAGUGCCCAUCUGACAGCUCCAUACUCAUUUAAUCAUUCAAAAGUGAUAUACCUUGAAUGGGAGUACAACCUUGGACUUGCUCACCUUAGCGGCUUUAAGUAUCAUGACUGCGACCUCAUCGUGCUCAAUGAUGGCAUGUACAUGGUUUACCUGCAGAUCACGUUCCGAAGCCCUGGUCACUUUGUGUGUAACGAGGAGGAAUCAGGUUUCAUCCUCACCCAAAAAGUAAUCCUGUUUGCAAAGGGCUACCAAAAAAACAGAGACCUGCUAACAGCAUCUGACACAGUGGACUGCAUUCCCAAAUCGAAUGACUGUCAGCCAACUGGUUCAGAGGGCUGCAAGGAGGAGUCAGGGACUCAGUACUGGGAAAAGUCUCUCUGCACGUCCGGGGUGUUUAAACUAAAAGCUGGGGACAGGCUCAGAGUGAGGAAGGGGGACAGGUACCAUGAGCUGAUGCUGCUUCAAGAAGACAGGACAUUUUUUGGGGCACAUCUCAUUUGAUGUUGUUCCCCAGAAACAACAGGUGCAGGGAUAAUAAUGGACUUAUAUAUAUAUAUAUAUAUAUAGCAGUAUA